GACGACCCUGUAGGAAAAGUCGUUUAUUAUACCUUCAGUUUGAAUCGUACAUUAGCACAUGUUUCCGGGGAGAGAGAUUUCGAGGUUUAUUUUUUGUUUAACAUAUAUAUAUUCUUAUUUGAUGCGUGAUUCGAGUGAUAAGUAAAAUGUCACGGUCUGCGAAAGAUUCGGAUGAGGAGAUAGACGUGAAAGAUGGUCGCAAGACUCGUGUUCUCACCGGGUUGGGAUCUGUUAGUUCCCCUCUACGCCGUAGUUCUCGUGUUAGGACAGCUGCUAAACAAUUUGAAUCCUCGCCUGAAUCGUCUGCGAGUGAGGCUAGCAGCGUUAGUAAAGAACAGUUAACAAGAACAACGAGACGUCGAACGAGUAAUAUGUUUCCAACGGUAACGGAAAACACGAGGAGCUUACGGCCCCGAAAAAAUUCCCCAUCAUCCGAUAUCAGCGAAACCAUGGAAAUAGAUGCUACUCUUACACCUACAAAAAAGACCAAAAAUAUUGCUGGAAGUGAUAUACUUAGCAAAUCUAAUAGUCGAUCAAGCAAGAGGUCUACAAGAGCUGGGUCUGAAGCAAAGUCAACACCGCCUAUAACAAGAGUUACACGUAGAACAAGAGCUAGUUCUGUAGGAUCCGAAGUAGAAGUAAAUCAAACCAAAUUGAGUACACCUGUUGAAAUAAGAAGACGAGCAUCGAUAUUACCAUCUGAGGCAACUGUUGUAGAAGAAAAAGAAGAUUCUAUAAAAUUGGAUCAUACAAUAAAUGAAGUUAAAGAACUGAAUGAAAUGGAUGUUGAAGGACCUAGCCCAAAAGGUACAAAGAAAUUAUCAAUAUCAAUAGAAAAGCUUGACCCAAAUCAUAGAAACACAAGUCAAAAAAUACAAGAUGCAAUACAUGGUAAGCCAAAUGAUGAAAAUAUUUUGGAACAAGAAGAAAGCAUUUCUACGGAUAAUGUAGCCCAAUCACGAUCGGUAUCUUUAGAACAUAAUACGUCCGAAGUACUUUCCCAAAAUACCAGUACUGACACACUUAAAGAUGAAAAUGUAUUAAGUAGUACGGUAGUAGAACAAGACGAAGAUCUUAGCAAUAAAGAAAAUCAAGCAGCAAACAUUAAUAAUGAUUCACAAAGUAGGGAUGAUCUAAUAUUCUCAAAUGUAUUAUUGCAAAGCCCAAAACCGUUGUCUGAAAGUAAUGUCAAUGUCAGUAAGUUAAGUAAAGAAAAAUGCACAUCCCCUAGUAUCGAAACUGCAAUGUAUUCUCAUUCAAAAGAUUCAUCAGAAAUAACAACAGAUGCCAUUGUUUCCAUCAAAGAGACUAUCACUAAUACUAAUACAAUCAAUAAUCCAACAAAUACAAGUGAAAUAAACGCAUUGAUCCUGGAUGAGGAUUCAGACAAUAUGCAAAAAUUAGUUCUAAGCACGGAUACCGAGUCAUUAAAUGGUGACACUCCGCUUAAUGAAAGUAUAAAUCAAGAUAUUGUACAUGUAGAAACGUGUGAAGAUUCAAGUAUAAAUGGUAGCAUUCAAAUUGUAGAGUGCACAGAUGAUGUCAGAAAAUCAAAUGAUGAUAAGUUUACUGCGAUAAGUAAUCAAUCAAUAGAGCCAGCCAACAAGUCAUUUUCGAAGAUUAAAGAAUGUGAUGAAGAUGCAGACAUCAAGAUGGAUAUUUCAAGUGAACAUAUAGAAAAAAUUACAAAUACGAAUGAAGAAUCUGAGAAAGAUACUAUAAAUGAGAUUAUGGUUAAGGAUGAUAAACAUGAGACAACAAAGAAACUUGAUAAAUCAAAUAUAUCAGAAAAUGUUAUGGAAACUGAUACAUUAGACUUUAAAGAAACACAUUUACCUCCUAAUCUAAAUAAUGUCACUCAGUCGAAUUCUUGUAUCAUCUCAAAGGAUGAUGAUGCUACAAAUAAUUCACAGAACAUAGAAGAAACGAAUAAUUUGCUUAAUGAGAAAACGCAAAAAUCCUCGGAUGCUCACAUAAGCCCACGGAAUUCUACGUCUACUAAUAAAAAUGAAGAUAAUAUAACUGAUGUGGUUAAGAGUAGUCAAUCUUCCACUGUUGCAGAAACACCAGCUGAGUCUGAAGAAGAAUUACCUGAGAAAGAGAAACAACAAGAGAAAGAUUCUACAUUGGAUGAUUCAUUGAGUUCAAAGAAGCAAUCUAUAGAUAAAUCAGAGCCAAAUGAACAAAAGAUGACUGAAGCGGAUCUAGAGACGUGUAAAAAGAAUCUAGAAAGUAUGGAUGUCGACGAUAAUGAUUCUGAUACAAAUACGGCAAAUUUAUUUCAAGAUAUUCCAGUUGGUGAAUGGAAAGAGAAGAAUGACGAUGACGAUAAAAGUUCGAUACAUUCAUUGUCGACGGAAAGACUAGACAACGAAAGUGAAGCGGAAUGUGACCUUAUUUUAGUCGAUAGGGAAGCAUGGUUAGCUGCUGAGAACAUAAGACUCGAGAAAGAAAAGGAACUGUCCGAUUAUGAUUCAGAUGAUACUGUUCUAUUAAAAAUUCAAAACGAUUCCGCAAAAGCACAAAAUGAUCGGACGGUAGAUGAAUCAAAAGAUAGAUCUAAGUUGAAUGUUAGUAAAGGUAAAAAUUUAAACACAAGUAAGAUGAAUCAAUCGAGACAGCAAGAAGAAAUAAAAGACACAAAGGAAACUAAAGAACAGUGUACUCUCAAAAACAAUACUUCAAUUCGAAAGUCCGCGGGAAAAAAAAAUAUAUCCGAGUCACACGAAGAGACAGAAAAGGAAGAUUUAAAUAAAUCGUUAACUAAUACCCCGUUAGAUGAAAGUAAAUCUAAGGAUGUCCUAAAAAAACAAAAGUCACCCAGCAAAACGAUUCAAGAGAUGGACAAUGAACUUGAACAAUCUAGUAAAAUAGAAACAGCAAAGAGAAAAUCGUUAAGUAGAUGUAUAGAAAGUGAUUCUGAUAGUGAAGAUGUAUUUACAACUAGCAAGAGAAAUGAAAAAAGACAGUCGUUACAUGAUUCUUCACUGAAAAAAAUAAAGUCGAAACAAAUAGGAAUAUUAGGAGAAUCUGACAAUGAAUCUAAAGAGUCUGAGUUCACUAAAAAAAAGAGGAGUGUUAUAAAGAAAAAGUUAAAUAAAAAUGCUUCGAUCAUUGUUGACACUGAUUCGGAUUCCGAUAGCAGUAAAAACAAUAUUGAGUCUGAAGAUUCAGAAAGUGAAAGCGUGGAAUUACCUAAAUUCUUAUUUGGUCAAGGAAGCGACAGUGAUGACGGCGAUGAUGAUAAAUCUAAUAAAAGUAUCGAUUCUGAUAUUCAAAGAGAGUAUAAUCUUCAUGGUGAUGAUGACGCAAAAUUUUCUGAUGAUGAUGUACCUGGAGAUGAAUGCAGAGCGUCGGAAACUGAAUCUUCGGACCCAGAUGACAAUGGAUCAGAUCUUACAGAUUUUGUAGUUGAUGAUGAUGAAGUUGAAGAAGAAGAAUAUGAUGAAGAAGAAGAGGGAGGAGAAAGUGAAUUAGAAAUAGAUAUUGAGGAUGAUGAAGAAAAUGAAAAAGAAGAUGAAGAAGUAGUAGAAGAACAAGAUGAAAAUAUACAAUCAGAGGAAGAAAUGGACGGAAUUGAAGAUGAAGCACAACAGGAAGUAACUGAUGAAGACGAACAAGAAGUUAUUGAUAAAACAGCUACAAAUAAAUCAUUGGAUACUUCGAAUAAAAGAAAGAGUAAAUUAAGAAAAUCAGUUGAUACAAAUUUGUCUGAAACGAUAAAGAGCAGUAAAAAAGAAAAAAAGGCCAUAGCAGAUAUCUCUUCAACGGAAACAAACGAAGACGAACAUUUAUCUUAUUCGCCUUUGUUAAAUUCUUUUACAAUGAAAAAAUCAAAUAAAAAACGUGUUUCAAUUGAUAACGAACAAUUACUGAAUAACUCUACGUUGUUAUUUAAUAAAAAUGUGCUUAAACUUAAUAAAUCAAUGGAAUGUAGUACUCCUACAAAUAGUUCGUGUAAACGAACAAAAUUCAACGUAAGUUCAGAAGCCACUUCAGUAAAAUUGACCAAUGAGACAAAGGAAAUCGAAGAAGACGACGAUACGAAUUUAAAUACGGAAGAAAUUGAAAACAGAACAUUAGGAAUUGGAAAUAGUUCGAAAAAAUUAAGCAAAGAAAAUGUUAUGAAUAGAAGUGUCCCACUGAAAUUAUCUGAAUCAGUAAAACUCAUAGAAAAAAUAAAUUUGUCAAGAUCAAGGCCUUCUAAAUUCACAGAAUUGCAUAAAACGGUACUAGCUCCAUCUACUGUAUCGCCUACUACAAUAUACUUAGAAAAAGAGAAAUUGAGCAGAAGCGCACCAGAAUUAGAACUUGAUAUUAAAUCUAUGAAAACAAUCACCGACAAUAUAAACAAUGAACAGAGUAGAUCAUUAAUCUCAUUGGAAAAUGCAAAUGUAAACAUUGACAAAUCAGAUGGAGAACCAACGCAGGAAGUAAAUGUCUCGUUAAGAAAGAAACUAUUUCAAGUAGCUGAAAACAUAUUAGAAAAGGAUGGUCAAAAGAAACGAAAGAAAAGAAAGAAACCAACAGUAACAGAUACAAAUUCUAUCUUAUUUGAUCAAGACAAUUGCAAAGAGGAUUCACCCGUUGUGGAUAAUAAUAAUGACGCGGAAAUACUUUCGAAUGAGAAAACGAAGAAACGGAAGAAGAAAAAGACAGUGCGUGCUGUCGUUGAAGAACCUCUAAUAGAAGUUGAAACAAAACCAGAAAGUAAAGACGAACUAAUACAUAACGAAGGGAAAAAGAAGAAGAAACGACAGAAUAUUAUCGAAAAUGCUACAGAAUCUACAAGCACAAAUGUAAAAAAUAAAAUAUCUACAAAUAAAAAAGAUAAAAAUGAAAAGAUGAUUGUUUUCUCAUCUGAAGAAACAGUUGAAAGAUUGUCGAACAAAAAACGAAAGUUAUUAAAGGAUGUUGCUUCUGAAAGUGAACAAGCAAUAGUUCAAAAAGUAUCCAAGAAAAAACAGAAGACAUUAAAGGAUGUUGCUCCUAAGAGUGAAGAAGUUUUAGUUGAAAAAGUACCUAAGAAAAAACAGAAGUUAUUAAAAAAUAUAGGUUCAGAGCGUGAAGAAGUUUUAGUUGAAAAACUGUCCAAGAAAAAGAAGAAAUUAUCAAACGAUGUUACAUCACAAAAUGCCGAAGUUUCAACUGAGAAAUUAUCUAAGAAAAAACAGAAAGCAUUAUUGAAAGAUGCACAAUAUGAAGAAACCUUAGUUGAAAGCUUACCGAAGAAAAAACAAAAGAAUAAAGGAAAAUCUAGUAAAUCACAUCAAUCUAGGGCUGCAGAGUUGGAUUUAGACGAAGGUUCAGAAGUAGUUGCAUUUUCUAAAGCUCGAGAUAAAGCAUUAGAAGUUAUAAAACGUACUACUAGUGCCGUUAAAGCAAAUAAAGAACUUAAAAAGAAAUCACACCGAGAGCAUACACAAAAAAUGCAAAAUGAAGAAGAAAUGAUUUCCAAAAGAAGUGUUAAGCGACUUCCUGAUGAAGUUCUUGAAAAUCUUUCGGACGUUCCAUUGAAAUCGUUGAAGAGGAGGAAAUUAUCGAAGGUUCAAGAACAAGUACUUCCAUCGCGUUCUAUGUUUGAUUCAAAGGCGAAAAAAGAAAUUACAGGCGUAGAUGAGGAUGAUUUUAUUCCAUUAAGUUCCUAUGGAGGUACAACUCAGUUUAAAGUUGUCAAUCUUCAAAAAUUAAAGAAAAAGAAGAAGGAUUCGGAAGUAGUCGCAUUUAGAGAGAAAAUGCUCACUAGAAAUUCUCGGCAACCUAUUUCAGCUUACUUAAUGUAUGUAGAAAAACAAAAAGCGUCGGGUAAAUCGAAGUUUUGUAACAAACCAUACUAAACUUAUUUGUCUUUCAUAUAAUGCGAUCUGCGAGCAUUGUAGAAUAUCAUUUUAAGUUUAGUACUUGGUUAUAAUUGUUAUAAUCGCUGUGUUUUUUUAAAUAUUUUGUACAAGUUAGGCGCCUUAAAUAUUAAUUAUUGUAAUCUAGUGUAAAGUAAUGUAUAUUUUUUACUAUAAAUUGUUGGCGCAUUUUAACAAAUGACGCCAAAUCGUUAUUAUGUAAUAAUCGAACAUUUUUCGGUAAAAACUGUUCUACAAUAAAUUGAGAUCUAAUAUAAAAAUAAAACGUGGUUAUUCGAAAAAUCCCAACGUGGAAAUGUAUAAUUUUUAUAAAAAUAAUUGUUAAUAUAAU